AUGGCCAAGAAGAGAAUCGCUGUGAUUGGAGCUGGAAUUAGCGGACUGGGAGCCAUUAAGUGCUGCUUGGAGGAAGGCUUGCAACCCACGUGCUUUGAAAGAAAUGACGAUAUUGGAGGUCUCUGGAAGUUCCACAAAAGCACUUCAGAGAAAACGCCUAGUAUCUAUAGAUCUGUGACCAUCAACACUUCCAAGGAGAUGAUGUGCUUCAGUGACUUCCCCGUACCAGAUCACUUUCCCAACUACAUGCAUAACUCCAGGCUCAUGGACUACUUCAGGAUGUUUGUCAAGCACUUUGACCUACUGAAAUACAUUAAUUUUAAGACAAAAGUGCGAAGUGUGAGGAAGCGUCCUGAUUUUCCUUCGAGUGGACAAUGGGAUGUCGUGGUGGAGGCGAAUGGAAAGCAGGAGACUUUGGUCUUUGAUGGAGUCCUGGUAUGCAGUGGCCAUCACACUGACCCCCACGUCCCACUUCAUUCCUUCGCAGGCAUUGAGAAGUUUGAAGGCAGCUAUUUCCACAGUCGGGAGUAUAAAAGUCCAGAAGACUAUGUAGGGAAAAGAAUCAUAGUGGUUGGCAUUGGGAAUUCGGGAGUGGACAUUGCAGUCGAACUCAGUCAUGUGGCAGAACAGGUGUUCCUCAGUACUCGACGAGGAGCGUGGAUUUCACACCGUGUUUGGGAAAAUGGGUACCCGAUGGAUAGUUCCGUCUUCACGCGAUUCAAUAAUUUUCUUCAGAAAAUAGCAACAGCAUCACUAACCAAUAGCCACCUGGAGAAGAUGCUGAACUCACGAUUCAAUCAUGCUCACUACGGCCUGCAGCCCCAGCACAGAGCUUUAAGUCAGCAACCAACUAUCAGCGAUGAUCUGCCCAAUCACAUAAUUUCUGGAAAGGUCCAAGUGAAGCCCAACGUGAAGGAGUUCACAGAGACUGACGCCGUUUUUGAUGAUGGCACCAGAGAAGAAAAGAUCGAUGUUGUCAUCUUUGCGACAGGAUACACUUUUUCGUUUCCAUUCCUUGAUGGGCUGAUCGAAGUUACUAAUAAUGAGGUAUCUCUGUAUAAACUUAUGUUCCCGCCAGACCUGGAGAAGCCGACACUGGCCGUCAUCGGUCUGAUCCAGCCACUGGGCAUCGUCCUACCCAUCGCGGAACUCCAGGCUCGCUGGGCUACCCGAGUCUUCAAAGGGCUGAGCAAACUACCCGCAGUGAAGAACAUGUUGGCAGAGAUUGACCAGAGGAAAAGGACUAUGGAAAAACAGUAUGUGAAGACUCCACGUCACACAAUCCAAGUAGAUUAUAUUAAGUACAUGGAUGAGAUCGCCACUCUGGUGGGGGUGAAGCCCAACCUUCUCUCGCUCUUCCUCUCAGACCCAAAGCUGGCCAUGGAAGUUUUCUUUGGCCCCUGCACCCCUUACCAAUACCGUCUGCGGGGCCCAGGGAAAUGGGACGGAGCCCGGAGGGCCAUCCUGACCCAGAGAGAGCGAAUCAUCAAGCCCAUGAGGACGGGUGUCACUAGCGAAUGCAGUCCUUCGUCUUCACAGCUCUCUUGGAUUAAGAUAGCACCACUUGGACUUGCAUUUCUUGCUGCUGGAUUAUCAUACUUUAAAUAUAUUCAUCAUGGUAAGCGGAAGUAA